GUGUCGUCAUAAAAAUUGGCAACAUUGAAAGUAAAACUAAUAGUUUUAACCAAUCAGAAGACAGUUAAAACACCAAAUUUAUUUAUUACUUGAUAUCACACAGGUUCCUGAAAAAAUUUUGACGUCAUAAAACAAAACAUUUGACUACAAUGGAAAAGCGAUCGUUCUGUACGUCAAAAGUUCAAGCGGGAUUAGCGACAAGGUGUAUAACAUGUAUGGUCUGAAACAUAUCUAUAGACUAUACUUAGCACGGGCUUAUGAUCCUGAAUUUUAUUCACCUAAUUUCAGAUCAGCUUCUUGGGAAGAACACUUAAUUUUCCAACAAAUCUGGAGGCCUGCGAGAAGAAUUUAUUUGAUUUAAAUCGAUAUGGACGAUACUGUUACAUGUACCAUUUACACGAUUGACAUCUCUUUGCAUUUUAUGCAAUACAAUGGCAGAUAUUAGAAAGGUGAAAUGUGUGCUCAAUGGUGGAUUGGAAAAAGAGGUUGUAGCUGACAAAUCAAAAGGAAAAAGAAGAUUGAAACGUGAAAGAAAAUCAGAGCAAGCAAGUUCGUGUAGUUAUAAGCAGCCAAAAGACUCUCAGCAUGUUAUACCGGAAGAAUGUACUUCAGAAAUUUAUGAGAAAACUGAAAAUCUACCCUUUGAUGGUGAAGAAAUUUAUACCAGUCUGUUAAAGUCAAUGCAUGCUAUUGUUCCUGUUGACAACCAGUAUAAAGCAUUUUUAAUGCAAGACUACAACAUGUGUAAGAAGAUGUUAAAGGCAAGCAAACUGAAAAUGAAACAGAUCACACAUAUGACAAGCAAAGGGCAAAUUGAAACAGUUGACUUUGAGAGGCAAUCUCCUGAUUUUUAUAAUGGUUUGAAGACAAGAGGAGUUGUGAUGACAAGAACAGGACUGACAGACUUUCAGAUGGAGAGACAGAUAGACAGACAGGUCUUCAACAUUGUACCCUCUAGAACUUUGUUGCAUGGGCAAAGCAAAGUGAAAAUAAAGCUAGGAGAAAGAAAAAAUGCAAUUGGAGAGAUAGAAGGGUGUCAGAUCACAGUUACAUUCAAAAUUAGUAGAGAAAUUGACAAAGCCAUUAUCUAAAGUGAAAAUCAGACAGCAGUACACAAAAUACAGAUUUAAAUAUAUACAAGUGAAAAGGAAACCACCAAAUACCUAGAAUAACCUCACAUGGAAGUUAGGAGGUUAAGUUAAAGGUGACAUGAAUAUGGCUUCAAUGCAAG